GAGGUGCGUUGGUGGGACGUGGGGAUUUGGCCUUGGCGACGGGCGGUUGGAGUCGGCGCCUGUGGACGAGAUGAUCGAUCAGAAGCGCAAGGCGCAGGAGAUGGCGCUGGUGCAGGUCAAGCGGCCUCGUAACGAUCUGGUGCCCUCGGUGCAGGGAGGCCCGCAGCAGGCUGUGCUGCCGGCGGGUCCCCCAAGAACAUCGAGUCUUCAAGCUCCUAUAAUGCUUUUAACGGGUCACGAGGGAGAAGUUUAUUGUUGUAAAUUUCACCCAAAUGGAUCAACACUGGCAUCUGCAGGAUUUGACCGACUCAUCUUGUUUUGGAAUGUUUAUGGAGACUGCGAUAAUUAUGCUACAUUAAAAGGCCACAGUGGAGCAGUCAUGGAAUUGCAUUAUAACACAGAUGGCAGCCUGCUUUUCUCAGCAUCAACAGACAAAACUGUAGCAGUGUGGGACAGUGAAACGGGUGAAAGAAUCAAGAGACUAAAAGGCCACACGUCCUUUGUGAACUCAUGUUACCCAGCCAGACGGGGACCACAGUUAGUCUGUACGGGAAGCGAUGAUGGAACAGUGAAGCUAUGGGACAUUAGGAAGAAGGCUGCAAUCCAUACAUUUCAAAACACAUACCAAGUACUAGCAGCAACGUUUAAUGACACAAGUGAUCAGAUUAUCUCUGGUGGUAUUGAUAAUGACAUUAAGGUUUGGGACCUGCGACAAAACAAGUUAAUUUACACCAUGCGUGGUCAUACAGACUCGGUGACUGGUUUGGCUUUAAGCGGAGAUGGCUCUUAUCUUCUUUCUAAUUCUAUGGACAAUACAGUGAGAGUCUGGGAUGUGCGACCAUUUGCUCCAAAAGAGAGGUGUGUAAAAAUAUUCCAGGGUAACGUGCACAACUUUGAAAAGAACCUCCUAAGAUGUUCAUGGUCAACUGAUGGAAGCAAAAUAGCAGCUGGAUCUGCAGACAGAUUUGUCUAUGUCUGGGAUACAACAUCGCGAAGAAUUCUAUACAAGUUACCAGGACAUGCAGGCUCGGUGAAUGAGGUGGCAUUUCAUCCUGAAGAACCAAUCAUUCUAUCAGCAUCCAGUGAUAAAAGACUCUACGUUGGAGAGAUACAGUAAAGAGGAACAGGUCGUGCAAAAGAACUCCCAACUUUAUCUGGCUGCUGCCCAGAAACCGGUUGAUUCCCCAGGAAGAAAGUAAUGCCAAGUUUAUAAAAAGAUGUGCAUAUGUACACUCAACUUGUGUUUCAUGACUAGGCAAAUGAGCCUGGUGUUUCUGGCAGUUAGUGCAUUCAGCCAUGUGAAUGCUAACUCAUUGUUGCAGAAUCUGAAUCCAUGCAGUUACUGUACUUGUAAAGUCUGGCCUGUGUUCAGUUUUAUAUUAUGACUGUAUAGACCCUUUUUAUAUUCAAAAGAAAUAAAUUGAUAUUUCUUUUGCUUAAAACUGACUGGAAGUUGCUGUGAACAGUGUAUGACUUGUGAAAAUGUCCUUCAUAUCUAAAUGGUUAAAUAGAAGAGGCAUCAUUAAUACUAGAGUAUAUUAUCUAGAGUUUUAUAUUUUUGAACAGUUAACUGAUUACUAGUUUAAUACUAAUAGUUGAAUAUAAUCAUUUCCUUUUGAAAGAAAUUUUCUUUUUCUCACUUCUACAAUUGGUUAAUUCUAGUUUAAGAUCUGGCACAGAAACAAAAUGUUGGAAACACUCAGCAGGUCAGAUGGCAUCUACUGAAGGAGAAACAGUUAACGUUUCAAGUUGAAGAUCCUUUAACAGAAUUCCUCCCACAAAUGCUGCCUGACCUAAAUAUUUCUAAUAUAUUUUGUUUUGGAUUUCUUACAUAUGCAAUUUUAUUUUUGAUUUUUAUUUUUAAUCUGGCAUCGUGAGUUAAAAUUCUACCACACCAGCUGGGGAAUUUAAAUUCUGUUGAAGAGCUAGUUUCUGUGAUGGUGCUUUUGAAACUACCAGAUUUAUUUUUAAAACCAUCUGUUUUAUUAGUUUGAUGUCAUUAUCCUUUCUGGCUAAACAUAACUAGAGGUACGCCAAUAUGGUUAAUGCAUUGCUGGCAAUUGAAGUAUGCUUGCAGGCCACUCCAAUCAAAAGCAAGAAGAAAACUGAUCCAGUGCAGUUAUUCUGACUGGAGAACGUGACAAAGGUACACCCAGCACAGUCAAUGCUGCAAAGCCUUUCGCAGUGUUACCUACAAGUCCCUCAGUAAUUUUAGGAAGUGUUCUCGGAGUUAUGCAAGUGAGCAGCAUGUUGAUAUAGUUGUAUGUACUGAAUUAUACCUUUUUAGUCUCUGGCUCAAACGAGAAGCAUUCUGUUCUGGCAUGUUGUGACAGCAGUAAAAAGAAUGAUCAAGAGUAUUCUCAUCAUU